GAAAAGACUAAAAACGUUUCGUAAAUAUUGAUUAUUGUGCAUUGAUUAAUAACAUCUGUUUUUUAAUUCACACGUACGGUGUGGUGUGAUUUGUUGGUUUACCUUUUUGAGUCGGGGCGGCGGCAGUCUUCAGGACUUUUUUAUCACACUGAAUUCGAGUCAUUGUUAUUGCUCAAUUCACUGGAUUAGAGAUUCUCUACUAUUUUACGCGUGAAUGGAAAGCUGAUGUUGUUGUGCUCUCCUGAUAUAAAGUUAAGGAAAAGAAGACCUUUAUCUUAUGGCUGUUUUAAUUGAAGCAUGGCCCUUAGUUAAGAUGGAGAAAGAAGCUGUUGUUGCUGAUGUCGUCUCUAAAUAUUUUUAAAAUCAAAAAUUUUAAUUUUAGAUACCUUGAAAGGACGCUAUUUUUAAGUGUUUUUAUGUUAAUAUUUAUAUAUAUUUACAUAUAUAUAUAUACGUAAUAUUCCUUUCUUUUCGUACAGUUCCUUAUAGGUAGCUAGAAUUUAGAGAGUUUAUGCAGGGAAAUUCUUAACUUUUUUUCCAGCGAAACAAACGAACAAGCAAACACACAAAACAAUUUUUAGAUGCAUAGCUUUAUAGCUAAAUAUGUAUUUAAAGAUCACAGCUAAGAAUUCAUUUUUCGAAACUUAUUGUUCUUUAUCUGGACAGUGUUGUAUUAACAUAAAGUUCAAAAUUUUUUGAAAAAUAUAAGUUUAUUUGAUUUUUUCACAUGCGCUCUUACAAAAGCACAACUCAUAUUCGGGUUUUCUUUCUGCAUAUUCUGCAUAUAAACUCUCACGCUCAGAGAAUAACAACUUGCAUAAAAAACAUGUUCUUUUGAAAAAAACUGUCCGGAUUGAUAAGAAUGGUUGAAAAAUCAUGCAGAAAAUUUGACAAGCUUUCUUAAAAAUGUUAUUCCAAAUGUAUGUCAAUUUUGGCUUUAUUCUUCAGUAGUUUUUUUCCUCCUUUGGCGCACCAAGUUUUAAAUAUUUUUUAUGAACUUUUGGUUUGACUUAUUUCAUUUUAUUUAUCCGUCCGUUAUACAGAAUUUACAUGCACAUGCAACCAAACCUCUUAAACAGCUAUUUAUUUUUGUACCAAAAUCCAGACCGGUAUCCUAGCAACACAUUCUUCUAUUCUUGGCCGGAACGCGUACGAUAAAUUGUUUUUUGAUAAUUGUGAUUUCAAACCGUUUGCGGUUUCUUGUUUGUUUUGAAUUAUCGCUGUUACGAAAAACCUAACUACAACUAAAGUCAACUUUUCAGAAUAAUAUAUCGUUGCUAGAAAAGUUAGUGAAAUGUCUACCACGAAAGAAGAGUUCGCUUUAGAACCUUUGGAACCGAAUAGGCAAGAAAGUGACCAGGCUAUAGAAGAAAGCUCAGAUCAAGAAAAACCAUCAAAGGAAGCCACGAAAUGGUACUCUGUUGAUCGUAGCAUGUUAACAUCAAAAGCGACGUAUUUCUUUCAAAAUGCAAAACAAGCUUGCUAUACUCCUCAUAUGAUGAUAUUCCUAACAAGUAUUGGACUUGAUCCAGCUAAAGCUGGCAUGGUCAAUGGCUUAAGAUAUACUGGUUAUAUUCUCGGACCACCAUUAUGGGGCCUGUUAGCUGACCGUACGCAUGCGCAUCGUCGAAUUAUUUUUCUAAUAUGUGUACUGGCUAUCAUAUUUAACUGUGCACAACCAUUUGUAACGAUAACUUACGGUGAUAAAACAAAGAAUCGAUGCCCUGAAGUGAAAAAUGUGUCAUCCUUACAUGAAGUCGACCAAAUGGAUGGUGAUACUAACACGCUGUUUUACGUUAUGCUUUUUAUGAACAUCGUAACUGUAUUCUUUGACGGUAGUACGGUAGCUUUUGCAGAUGCAGGUGUGAUGCAACGUAUAAAUACCUCAACGAAGAAGCACGAUUUUGGACGGCAGCGUUUCUUUGGGGCUGUCGGUUUCGGUUCUGGAGCUUUGUUGUCAAGUGCAGCUAUAGAACUUUUUCCUGCAGCAAAAGUGACUUGUUAUAGCGCAGUGUUUAUUGUUUAUUUUAUUCUUGUUUCUGGAUUAGCAGUGAGUACAAAUUUACUCUUCAAAGGAUUAGAAUUUACAAAUGAGAAAGAAAGAAAAGAAAAUCAAAAUCUACGUUUGCUUCUUUGGGACACUUUAAAACAAUUUCAUGUAUGGGUCUUUUUCUUCACGAUUUUAUUUGUUGGUACAGCAAGAGGAUUGUAUUUAAGUUUCCUGUUCCUUUUUCUCAAAGAAGAAUUAGACUCUUCCAAUCUUAUUAUGGGUUUUGCAAUAGCUACUGGAUCCGUUUCCUCUAUAUGUAUUUUUGGGCUGUCAGGUAAAAUAAUCAAACUAGUUGGAGGGACUUUGCAUGCUAUGCUUCUUGGAUGCGCAUCUUGGGCAGUACGUUAUCUUUUUUACUCAUACUUUUAUAACCCAUGGACUGUGUUACCAAUACAACUUUUACAAGGCUUUGGAUUUGGACUGUUUGUAUCAGCUUAUGUGCAACAUGUUAAAUUGAUAAGCAAGCCAGCCAUUUGGGCAACAAUGUAUGGUAUCACAAACUCCUUGUUUUUUGGGUGUGGUUUAAUUGUUGCAAAUCUUGUUGGCGGCGUUGGCUACAAAAAUGUUGGGGGAAGAAAGUUGUUUCUAUCGGAAGCCAUUGCUUCUUCUGUAUGGUGUGUACUCUUAGCUUUCUACAUCUUUCUACAACGUUUUAAAUGGAAAUCAACUUCAGAGAAGGAUGUAAUUUUACCAACAGGAGGUGUUGUGAUGUAGAUUUUUGCUUCUUGAUGACUUUUCAAAAAAAUAUAUAUAAAGUGA